AUGGCUUCGUUCAGUAUCAAUGCCAUUUUGGGACACUCCGAACACAAAAAUGAAGAUUCAAGCUCCUCAGGAGGUCAACACAUCCUUCAUGAAUCAAGAGAAAGCACAGGCGAGGAAAGUAAGUUUGCUUCUAAUUUCAUUGACAAGAACUAUUGUUCAGUUGAAAUAAACGCGUCGAAAAUCUUUCCUAAUUGCGUGGAGUAUUGUUUCGCUUUAGAUGACGAAGAAAGUUGUACUUUGAAAGAAGAAGAGACAGUUUAUGUCACUAAUUCAUCGGAGGAAAACCUAAGUUACGUGGAUGAUUCUGUGCCUUCGAGCCGCGAGAGCCUUUACAUCAACAAGAUUCGCAGACGACGCACAGCGUUUACCAGUACCCAAUUAAAAUCUUUGGAGGAAAAAUUCCACGACAAGAAAUAUCUGACAAUUACAGAAAGAAACAAUUUGGCGAAGGGACUUCAUCUAACAGACACUCAAGUCAAAACAUGGUUUCAAAAUCGGCGAACAAAGUGGAAGAAACAAAUGGCGCCGGAUUAUGAAGCCAGUUUGCGCUGGGAAGAAAUGAACAGUAUGUUUAGCCAUUUUCAAACUGGUUUUCCCUGCUGUGGAGAAGUGAACACUCAUUUUCGCCCUGUGCCACAAUUUUACAAUGUUAUACCCAGUUUUUGUCCAUCCUCCAACCUUCAGGUCGUCUAUUCCAACAUGUCUUUACAUCCCUUCUCGUAA